CAACGAAUUAAUUAAUAGAAAAUCGAAAAAUUAGAAGAUCUAAAAAAGAAAAGAGAAAAAAAAUUGGAGAGUGGGAGCCAACUAGUGUUUCCUUGUAGAGCAUCGGCUUCCUCAGUGGCAUUCCUAGUCCCUUCUUUCACUUCCUCGACUCGACUCGACUCGACUCGACUCGACUUCAAAUCAUUCCUCACCCGCACCGCCUGCCUUUACACUUCCCCGAAUGUCUUCCUCAUCUUUCUCCUCCGUCACCGACGGUAACGAUAUCAAUCCUCCACCUCCCUCCUCUUCCAGUGACGUCGUUUCCGCUACGACUGCGACUGCGGCUGCGGCUGCUCCCUCCUCGGCUUCUUCCGCCAUCGAUUUUCUUACUCUCUGUCACAGCCUCAAGACGACGAAGCGAACGGGUUGGGUGCGGAGAGAUGUACAGAAUCCGGAAUCCAUAGCUGAUCAUAUGUGUCGAAUGGGAUUAAUGGCUUUAAUUGCUUCUGAUAUUCCUGGAAUUGAUCGUGACAAGUGUGUUAAAAUGACAAUUGUUCAUGAUAUCGCUGAAGCCAUCGUUGGUGAUAUUACCCCUUCAGAUGGUAUAUCUAAGGAUGAGAAGAGUCGAAGAGAGCGCGAAGCCUUAGAUCAUAUGUGCAAAUUACUUGGUGGAGGGUCUAGAGCUAAAGAAGUAGCUGAAUUAUGGAUGGAGUAUGAAGAAAAUUCUUCCUCUGAAGCCAAAAUUGUCAAAGACUUUGACAAGGUGGAGAUGAUACUUCAAGCAUUGGAAUAUGAGAACGAGCAAGGGGUGGACUUGGAUGAGUUUUUCCAGUCAACUGCCGGGAAGUUCCAGACUGAUGUUGGAAAAGCUUGGGCCUUGGAAAUAGCAUCGAGAAGAAAAAAAAAUUGAAGAACUGAGUAAAAACAUUUUUAGGCUACAUGCUUGGGAAGUGUUCUCUUGCCUUAAGCUGGUUCUGGCAUGGUGAGUUCAACCAAUUAUUAGUGCCCACUAUUAAUCUCUUUUUAAUCAUAUGAUAAUCAUUACAACAGGUAGGCGUUUUGUCCUGUUUUUUUUCGUUUUCUUGAAGCUUCCUUCUCUUCUUCAAUCAAGUCUACUGAUGAUAACGUUGUUGUGAUAGAUGAAACAAAUUUUGGAAAAACCUUAGCUAUGUGAGAAAAUAUUUUCCUUA